UGCACAAAGGUUUUAAAUUUUGAUGAAGUCCAAUUUAUCUACUUUUUCUUUGGUGUCAUAUUUAAGAAACCAUCAUGCCUCCACAGUCAUUAAGCUUUUUCCUUUUGUCUUCUUCUGAGAGUUUUAUAGCUUUAGUUCUUAAACUGAUGUCUUUGAUCCAUUUUGAGCUAUUUUUUGUGUGUGGUAUGGAGUGAGGUGGAUGUCUCUGAUCCACCUUCCUUCUUUUGCAUGUGGAUAGCCGUUUGUCCAAGAACCAUUCGUUGAAGAGACUGUUCUUUCAGUGAGUGGUCUUGGCCCCCUUGUUGAAAAAUCAGUUCGCGAUGGAAGUAUGGGUUUGUUUCUGGACUCUCAGUUCUAUUCAAUUGGUCUGUAUGUCUAUCCAUGUGCUAGUACCUCGUACUAAAUUUCAAGUGUACUUUAUACUAAGACACUUUAAAAUAAAUACAUAGCCAGUAAAAUUGUGAGUUCUUGUGCUGCCUAAAAUCACCUCACGGACUGCUGGUGGUACGCUUGUCACACUUAGAAGACACUAUCUCUGCACAUUUUUAGGAAAUAUGUAGUUGCUAAUCAUUGUGUAGCAAACCAAGGCCCCGAUGCUCAUUGUUGCAUUUAUUGAAAAUGCUUGGCAGAAAGCCUUUAGCGGGUGGGGUAAGAAGACGUGGAGUGAGGUACAUAGGUAUCGGGCAGAAUGGUGAAAUACAGAGAUAGCUGCCUUUAUUGUAUUAAUUUUCUGAAAAUUAUUAUUUAGGGCAAUGUCCAGUCUUUCUAUCCCAUGACUAAGACAAAGGUCUUAGUUUUAAGGAGAUUAUGCCUAAGUAAAUGUUAAGGUUAUUUAUUGUAGAAGGUAAAGCAUGGUAUAUGUCAGCCCUUUAUGCCUUUAUCGCUCUGGGAUGUCCCUGGGGUGCCACGGAGCUUGGAGGGUAACAGACAUUGCAGGGAUUGCAGUAAUGCUGGCUGGCCGGUAUGGAACCCCGGUUUACCCUCUGGGGCAGGGGUAGCAGGCUUCUUCUGUAGCGCCAGAUGGUAAAUGUUUUAGACUUUGUGGGUGUUAAGGUCUCUGCUGUAACUUUGAAUUGCUGUCGCAGCCCCCAAACUGCCACAGUAAUACGUAAACCAGUGAGCGUGGCUGAGUUCCAUGAAACUCUGCUUACCAGAAAGGCUAGACCCUAGUUGGUUGACCCCAAUCUGGAAGAAAAAACAGGAAUGAAAAGGAAAGUUGCAUAUUAUAGCACUUUACUUUGGCGUAAACCUUCUAUUGAUAUAUAACAUACAGAGAAGAAUAGAAAUUAUGUUCAGUUCAGUGAAUUUUCAGAGCAAGAACUUUCUCAUAUAAUCAGCACCCAGAUUAUAUGGGUUGUAUUAAUAAUUCAUAUAAUUAUUUAUAUAAUUUCUUAGGUUAAGAAAUGGGGCGUUACCAGCACCCUAGAAACCCCCAUCAUGCUCCGUCCAGUCAGUACCCUCGUAAGACUAACCCCUGUCCUGAUAUCUCACAGCCUAGAUUUUAGUUUUGCCCAUUUCACUUCAGAGUUUUACCUAAAAAGCUCAGCUGUGCUAAAACCUGAAUGCUGACAAAUGUGGGAGGAGCAGUAGAAAAUGGGAGAAAAGAAAGUAGAAAGGAAUUUUUAAAAAAGUAGAAAUGAGGGGAAAGAAUGGUGGCGAUUAGGCAAGGUGGUACCGAUUUGAAGUAGGGGGGUGACUGUCAGACUUCCCAGACGUCUGCUUGGUGACUUCAGAGAGCACUGUGGUGUCAGAGGGUGACAGAGUGAGAGCAGGUGGUUGAUGGUUAAAGAGCUGGGUUCUUGGAGGAAUGUAGGGAAUGAUGGAAAGAGGGAAGUGAGGCUAGUGCCUGUUGAGGGCAGAGGAUGGGGAGAGCAACUCUAUUUUGGAAAGAUUUUUAUUCAAAACAAAAUAAAAACAGGUUAAAAGUUUGGGGUUUAGUUACUUUAGAAAUUGAAAAUGCCUCGUCAGUAUUUAUGGGUAGCUGAGAUCUUAAAUGCACAGUGCUUAAGAGUUUCAGUCGAGAGAUGCGAAUUUGAGUUAAAUCCCUGAAUGCUAUAAAUGCAGUAGGUUUUGCUGGAACUUGGUGUCACAUCGUAGGUAUUUUGCGUGGAAGAGAUCCACCUAGGUUCUUCCAAUUCGGGAUGUGGAUGACCUUCGCCAUGCAGAUAAGCUGGCCGGUCUGAUGUGCUGGGCCUGUUCUGGGAAGAGCAGUUUGAAAGCCAGCUCAUCUUGUCCCCGCCGUUACAUGCCAGGCCUGCCUGUGGGUAGUUACCAUGGGAGAGCGUGGUCUGGAGUGAUGGGUAGGGUAUUGAGUAGCAAGGACGAGCAUUAAAGAGGUGGCCGUGCUCCGAGACGGUUGAUGGGCUUUUGUCCCCAUGGCACCAGGAAGCGUCGUCUUGUUUAAUCUGCACAACCCCGUGAUAGGCUAUAUCAUUUUGGGGUGGUAGAGACACAACCAUUAUUAUGUACUGUUUAGAAUCUCUGUGUAAAGAGUUAAACUGAUUUUGAAACUGGUCUUCAAGUUUUUCUCAGGGAAGCAAAGGUGCUCAAUUUCUGAUCUUCGUAACCCGGUUUUUGUUUAAUUUUGAUAGUGAAGUGGAGUUCUUGGUGGCGGGAAGGGUGAGCAGUUGAGGAGAGCGGUGGGCCUGUCUGUGUGUGAGGCGACGUGUGUGUGAGGGGACGUGUGUAUGGGGACAGUCUGGGUCCUGCCUGGGGUCCUGCCUCCGGAGGCUUCCUUGCACCAGUGAGAUCUCAUGAUGGCUCCUCCCCGGUCCUCUCAGAGGGCAGAAGCACAUAGAUGGAGUUUUAACAUUGAAUGCGGAGAGCACUAAUUAUGCCUGUCAAGUGCCGAGCUUCCAUAAAUGUGAAAUCUGUCUGCUAUCUUUUCCAAAAGAGUCCCAGUUUCAACGCCACAUGAGGGAUCACGAGCGAAAUGACAAGCCACAUCGAUGUGACCAGUGCCCCCAAACCUUUAAUGUUGAGUUCAACUUGACACUUCACAAAUGUACCCACAAUGGGGAGGAUCCUACCUGUCCCGUGUGUAACAAGAAAUUCUCCAGAGUGGCUAGUCUCAAAGCACAUGUUAUGCUGCAUGAAAAGGAGGAGAACCUCAUCUGCUCUGAGUGUGGGGAUGAGUUCACCCUGCAGAGCCAGCUGGCCAUCCACAUGGAGGAGCACCGCCAGGAGCUGGCUGCGAGCCGGACUCACGCCUGCAAGGCCUGCAGGAAGGAGUUCGAGACGUCGUCACAGCUGAGGGAGCACAUGAAGACGCAUUAUAAAAUUAGGGUGUCAAGUACAAGGUCUUAUAAUCGGAACAUUGACAGGAGUGGAUUCACGUAUUCAUGCCCACACUGUGGAAAGACGUUCCAAAAGCCAAGCCAGUUAACUCGGCAUAUUAGGAUACACACAGGUGAAAGACCAUUUAAAUGUAGCGAAUGUGGAAAAGCUUUUAACCAGAAGGGGGCGCUGCAAACUCACAUGAUUAAGCAUACAGGUGAAAAACCCCACGCCUGUGCCUUUUGUCCUGCCGCUUUUUCUCAGAAAGGGAAUCUCCAGUCACACGUGCAGAGAGUUCACUCAGAGGUCAAGAAUGGCCCUACCUAUAAUUGUACAGAAUGUAGUUGUGUAUUUAAAAGUUUAGGUAGCCUGAACACUCAUAUCAGCAAGAUGCAUAUGGGUGGGCCACAGAAUUCAACAAGUGCUGGAGAGACGGCUCACGUUUUAACGGCCACGCUGUUUCAGACCUUACCUCUUCAGCAGGCGGAAGCCCAGGUCACGUCUGCUCCGAGGCAGCAGAGUUCCCAGGCGGUGGCUGAUGUCAUCCAGCAGCUGCUGGAGCUGUCGGAGCCGGGGCCUGCGGGGUGCAGCCAGCCGCCUCCGGCCGGCCAGCAGCUGAGCAUCACGGUGGGGGUCAGCCAGGACAUCCUGCAGCAAGCCUUAGAAAACAGUGGGCUGUCUUCAAUUCCAGUUGCAGCGCAUCCCAGCGACCCCAGCCACGCCAAGACCGCGGCCGCUCAGGGCCAGACUCCAGACGCUCCCAACGUUUCAAGGGAGCCAGCUGACCCUACGGCCGCAGAGCGGGAAGAAGAACAGGAGAGCCCAGAGAAGUUGGAUAAAAAAGAAAAAAAGAUUAUAAAGAAGAAAUCUCCGUUUCUACCUGGGUCGAUCCGCGAGGAGAAUGGUGUGCGAUGGCACGUGUGUCCCUACUGCACCAAGGAGUUCCGCAAGCCCAGCGACCUGGUGCGCCACAUCCGCAUCCACACCCACGAGAAGCCCUUCAAGUGCCCGCAGUGCUUCCGGGCUUUCGCCGUGAAGAGCACGCUGACAGCCCACGUCAAAACGCACUCGGGCGUCAAGGCGUUCAAGUGCCAGUGCUGCAUGAAGAGCUUCUCCACCUCGGGGAGCCUCAAGGUGCACGUUCGCCUGCACACAGGAGUCAGACCUUUUGCUUGUCCUCACUGUGACAAGAAAUUUCGAACCUCAGGCCACAGGAAGACUCACAUUGCUUCUCACUUUAAACACACGGAGUUAAGAAAGAUGAGGCACCAGCGUAAACCUGCAAAAGUUCGUGUUGGCAAGGCGAACGUUCCGGUCCCCGAUAUUCCUUUGCAGGAGCCGAUCCUCAUAACAGACGUGGGUCUUAUCCAGCCCAUUCCAAGAAACCAGCUUUUUCAAAGUUAUUUUAAUAAUAAUUUUGUAAAUGAAGCAGAUAGACCGUACAAGUGUUUUUACUGUCAUCGUGCCUAUAAAAAAUCUUGCCAUCUUAAACAACACAUCAGAUCACAUACAGGUGAAAAGCCUUUUAAAUGUUCUCAGUGUGGAAGAGGCUUUGUUUCUGCAGGAGUGCUCAAAGCACACGUCCGAACGCACACUGGACUUAAAUCUUUCAAGUGUCUGAUAUGUAAUGGAGCUUUCACUACUGGUGGUAGCUUACGGCGACAUAUGGGCAUCCAUAACGACCUUCGUCCCUAUAUGUGUCCCUAUUGCCAGAAAACAUUUAAGACCUCACUAAAUUGCAAAAAGCACAUGAAAACCCAUAGAUUUGAGCUUGCCCAGCAGCUCCGGCAGCACCAGCAGGCCUGCCCGAUAGAUGACGGCGCCGUGGACCAGCAGGGCAUGCACGUGCCCACCCAGGGGCAGGUGGAGAUUGAGAACGCCGCGCUGCAGCCGACCGCCGAGGCCGUGGCCGACAACCCCGGGGCCGUGCUGGACCUGGGGCCGCCCGCCGGCGUGGAGGCGGGGCUCGGCCAGCAGAUGGCGGGUCAGCCUUUGGAAGCAGAUGAAGACAGGCUUGUGGUCCCGCAGCACACUCUGGAAGGGCACGUGGGCCAGUACGAGGAGCAGGCUCCCCCGCCGCAGCCCUUCGAGCCAGCGGGUCUGUCACAGGGUUUUACAGUGACUGAUACAUACAAUCAACAGACUCAGUUUCCACCGGUCCAACAGUUACAAGAUUCUAGCACACUGGAGUCUCAAGCCCUGUCCACGAGCUUCCAUCAGCAGAACUUACUUCCGGUUCCUAGCUCUGAUACGAUUAAUGUAACAAGUCGUUUGAUUCAGGAGUCAUCCCAGCAGGAGCUGGAGCUGCAGGCGCCACGUCCCCCGUUCCUGGACGACAGCGAGGAGCAGAGCCGGCGCUCCUACAGAUGUGACUAUUGCAACAAAGGCUUUAAGAAAUCCAGCCACUUGAAGCAGCACGUGCGGUCACACACCGGGGAGAAGCCCUACAAGUGCAAGCUCUGUGGACGUGGCUUCGUUUCCUCUGGGGUCCUCAAGUCCCACGAGAAGACACACACAGGAGAAAAGGCGUUCAGCUGCAGCGUCUGCAACGCUUCCUUCACAACCAACGGCAGCCUCACCAGGCACACGGCCACGCACAUGAGCAUGAAGCCCUACAAGUGUCCGUUUUGCGAGCAGGGCUUCCGAACCACAGUCCAUUGUAAAAAGCACAUGAAGAGGCACCAGACAGUCCCCUCGGCUGGGUCAGCACCGGGAGAGGCAGAAGGAGGAGAGAUGGGUCUGGAGGAAGAGGAAGACAGUUCUGAAAGAAAUGUGUCUAGAAAGGCUCGUCCCGAGGUCAUCACCUUCACAGAGGAGGAGACGGCGCAGUUGGCCAAGAUUCGGCCGCAGGAAAGUGCCACUGUCUCAGAGCAGGUGCUGGUGCAGUCGGCCGCCGAGAAGGACCGCAUCAGCGAGAUGAAGGACAGGCAGGCAGAGCUGGAGGCCGAGCCCAAGCACGCCAACUGCUGCUCCUACUGCCCCAAGAGCUUCAAGAAGCCCAGCGACCUGGUCAGGCAUGUUCGAAUCCACACUGGAGAAAAGCCAUAUAAAUGCGAUGAAUGUGGGAAGAGUUUCACUGUUAAAUCUACCCUGGACUGCCAUGUGAAGACUCACACAGGUCAGAAGCUCUUCAGCUGCCACGUCUGCAGCAACGCCUUCUCCACCAAGGGGAGCCUGAAGGUCCACAUGCGUUUGCACACAGGAGCAAAGCCGUUCAAGUGUCCCCACUGUGAGCUGCGUUUCCGCACGUCCGGGCGGAGGAAGACUCACAUGCAGUUUCACUACAAACCGGACCCUAAGAAAGCCAGGAAGCCUGGGCCCCGGGGGCCGCCGGAAGGGCCGCAGCCCGUGAGCGCGCCCCCUCCGCCCUCCUCCGACCCCAGCGUGUUCAUCAUGAACAGCCCCGUGCUGGCGGGGCAGCUGGACCAGAGUCUGCUGCAGCAGGGCCUGCUGGGCCAGGCCGUCCUUCCCGCCUCCGUGUCCGCUGGUGGCGACUGGACAGUGUCUUUGACAGAUGGAAGCCUGGCCACCCUCGAGGGCAUACAGUUACAGUUGGCUGCUAACUUGGUUGCACCCAGUGUUCAAAUCUCUGGGAUCGACGCUUCCAGCAUUAAUAAUAUCACGCUACAGAUUGACCCAAGCGUCCUGCAGCAGACGUUACAGCAGGGUAACCUGCUUGCUCCACAGCCGACCGUGGAGCCCGGCCUGGCCCCGCAGCACAGCUCCCUUCAGACACCAGACAGUACAGUCCCGGCCAGCGUGGUCCUCCAGCCCAUCUCAGGCCUGUCCUUGCAGCCCACGGUGACGUCUGCCAACCUGACCAUAGGCCCGCUCUCGGAGCAGGAUUCCGUGCUGACCACCAGCAGCAGUGGGACGCAAGACCUCUCUCAGGUGAUGACAUCACAAGGCCUGGUGUCCACCUCCAGUGGCCCCCACGAGAUCACCCUGACCAUUAACAACUCGAGCCUGAGCCAGGUGCUGGCGCAGGCUGCCGGGCCCACCGCUGUGUCGUCCUCAGGGUCACCGCAGGAAAUCACCCUGACCAUCUCCGGUCAAGAUCUUAUUCAGCACAGUUCUAAUGGAAGUAGUGAACUGAACGGAAGCAUAAGAUUGUCAGCACCUGCAAUCAAUAAUCAAUCUACGGGCGCCACCUUGACCAUAAGCAAUGAUCAACUUCUCUCACAGAGUGCAACAUUAAACGCUUCAGAACUUAAUGCCACAGCUGGAAGCCUGCCUUUGACAACACCCAUGUCCCCAUCUGCCACAUCUGCCCAGAACCUGGUCAUGUCCUCAUCGGGAGUGGGGGCAGAGGCCAGUGUCACGCUGACCCUGGCUGACACUCAGGGUUUGCUCUCCGGGGGGCUGGACACGGUCACGCUCAACAUCGCUUCUCAGGGUCAGCAGUUCCCAGCCUUGCUCACGGACCCCGCUCUCUCGGGCCCUGGGGGUGCGGGCUCGCCCCAGGUCAUCCUGGUGAGCCCCACUCCACAGCCGUCGGCAGCCUGUGAAGAAAUCGCCUAUCAGGUGACGGACGUGUCUCCUAACCUGGCCCAGGGUGGGCAACCCGAGAAGGAGGGCCGGCUGCACCAGUGCCUGGAGUGUGGCCGCACCUUCGCCUCGGCCGCCCUGCUGCUGCACCACAGCAAGGAGAUGCACGGCCGGGAGCGCAUCCACGUCUGCCCCGUGUGCAGGAAGGCCUUCAAGCGCGCCACGCACCUCAAGGAGCACAUGCAGACGCAUCAAGCCGGUCCUUCCUUGAGCUCUCAGAAGCCGAGGGUGUUCCAAUGUGACACUUGUGAGAAGGCCUUUGCCAAACCAAGCCAGCUGGAGCGACACAGCCGCAUCCACACAGGGGAGCGGCCAUUCCACUGCACCCUCUGCGAGAAGGCCUUCAACCAGAAGAGCGCGCUGCAGGUGCACGUGAAGAAGCACACGGGGGAGCGGCCCUACCGGUGCAGCUACUGCGCCAUGGGCUUCACGCAGAAGAGCAACAUGAAGCUGCACAUGAAGCGGGCCCACAGCUACGCGGGAACCUUGCAGGAACCCGCCGUCCCCCAGGAGCACGGAGGGGAGGUGCUGAGCCGCGCGCUCCACCUGGACGAGGUGGAGCCGGAACCUGCGAGCGAGUGGCAGACCCUGGCCAACGUGUUCUGACGCAGCCCGGCCCCGAGAACGUUUCCAGAGUGAAGUGUGGAGAAGAACAAAGCACUUGGGAUUUCUGUUUUGAAGCCUCAAGUGUUAAAAAUGUUACCACAAUAGCUAUAAAAUUUUUAGCUAUAAAAUUAUCUAAAGAAUCAUUGGCUUUCAGAGACUUCAGGAAGAAAGCUGGGAAAGGUGGAAGCACGUUGCUGUUGUUCUGCAAAUCACUGAACUCAGGUACUACGUCAGCAGUCUCGCCUACUCCGUGGCCAGUGCGUCUAGUUAAAAAGAAAUUAACUGGAUCGGACUCUCAUUGUAGUGUGAUUUCUUUGUAUUAGCAAAGACAGAAGUUAACGUGGAAAAACCCAGCUAGGUUUUCCUUCAUGCUUUCUGUUAUAAGAAGCAUAGCUCAUGAAACAAACAUAAGAUAGGUGCAUGAAGUUCGGAAAAAACGUUACAACACGCAGGGAAGUUUUUUCCAUCUUUUUCUCUGUGAAUUUUGAAAUUAGUAGAAAUUGACUCUAAUUUUUAGUCUACCAUAAGUUAAUAUAACUAAUACCUUGAGAGAUGGCCGGACCAGUUCUCUCUCCAUUACAAAUAUCUAAUCAUUAGUGACAAGAAUGCAGUGUCUGGGGCGUACACCCAGGGAGUAGAGUAAGCCUGACACACACGUGAGGAUCCAGCCGUCCGCGCGGGAUGAUGCCACUCGCGCUGCCCGAGUUAAUACUCGGGUACAUGGGUCGGGCUACCGCAGGAAGCACAAGCCAUGCACUGCAGGUCCGAAAUCACAGAAUGGUCUCCUGGGAACAAAGGGACUGCAGCCCUGUCCGCCUCAGUAAUUAAGAAGUGUAUUUGUACUUUGAGGGUAAGAACCUGUAUGAGCCCCGUGGUUUUCUCUUCGUGCAUAAGCAGGUGUAUUUUUUAUUUCAGGGAAUUCUUUAGUAUCAUCAAUGGUGCCACGUUGAACAUGUCCCAAACCAAAUCCUACCCCGCGCUGCCCGCGCUGGGGCGGAGUGUGUGUCGUUCCCACAGCAUUCCAAAGAUGGAAACUUCUUUACUUCAUGUGAAUCUCUCCUUUGAAAUUAUUUAUAUGUUCUAUAUAUAAAUACAUAUGUACAUAUACAGAUAUAUGGGCCUCUGUGUGGCCGAACAGUAUAUUUUGUAAAUAAGCACUAGUCCCAGUUACAGAGAGAGCGACAGAGUUUUUACCUCCCGGCGAGCACUUCAGAGCAGUAUUGUAUUCAUUUUAUUAAUAAAUGGAUAUCCUUGUCAUUGUGACAUAAAGCUGGGGUUGGUUUUUUGUUUUUGUUUUUCCUGAAAAAUAAUCGCCUUUAUUUUCUCUCUCAUUGCCUCGCUGGUUUCAGAAGACAGCAGUUUUAUGAUAUAAAUAUUGUAUGGACUUUGUAUAUUAAGAGAGGAGCUCAUUUCAGAUUCCUGAAGAAAGAGACAUUUUACUGUUAUUUUUUGAAGGGGCGUCUUUUGAUUUUUUGUUGUUCACGCUUCUGGCAUAUGUAUAUAAGUAACAUUGACAGUGAUAUAAAACCUUUUGUUAUGUGAAAAUAUUUAAGUCAGAAAACUGUUAAAUAAUAUUACUUUUUUUUUUUCAAACUGGUUUAUGUAUUGUAUAUUUUUUUAAGGGAGGAAAAAAAAAAAGCCUUAUUUGACUUAUUCUUGUGAUGCUGGACUUGUAUAUCCUGAGGUUUUUCUUGGAUGUCAGUGUGUAUACCUGGCUGCAGUCUGUUAUUCAGAAUAAUUGUCAUUGCGCCAGAGUUUAAAGGUUCUGCUUUUAUUGCACUUUUCUUUUAUAAUUUUGUAUUAAACUAUUUUAGAAAUGUUGAUUAAUUUUGGUGAACAAAUAUCUCCGAAGUUGAAAUGAUUGAAAUCUUAAAAAUUUUGUUUUUGCUAGGUUAUUUAUUUUGGUUUCAGCAUUAAAUGUCAUCUCAGGUCAGUCUCUAAAAGGGGUUUGUUUAAUUCCUAAUUGUAUAGAAAGCAUAGUUCAGUGAAUUGUAUUGGUGCACUGCCCAAGUAAGGCCUUACCAGGUGAAUCUAAAGCCUACUUUUAUUUUGGUUAAUGAAAAAAAAAAAUCUAUCAAUAAUCUGUUUUGUGAGUUUUCUCAGUUUAUUAUCAGGCAAACACAAGACAUUAAUGUAUUCUUUUGAUUUACUUCCUAAUUAUAAAAGCUGCUUCUUUGCAAGAUAUUCCUUGAAAAAUAAGGUUUUGUAAAGACAUAAUAUCACUUGAACUUUUUGGUGGAGUGGAGUACAGGUUGAUCUUUAUACUUUACUGGUUGAUAAAAAGUCUUCUGACAAGAGAUUUCUAGUCUCCUGCAUAACCAGGGUUUUGAGGAUAGAUAAUUGUAUUUUUUAAAAUAUCUCAUCAUAGCGUAUCUGCUUUGGAAAUAACAAUAAAUAAAAAAUGAAGUUAGGAAA